CAAAAUUUCAAAAUCAACUAUGAUACUAUAUUAAUGUAGAAAUCAUCUGCAUUUAUUCUUGGAACAAGUUUCCCGUCUGAAUGAAUGAAUCAACAUCCCCAACAACGUCUCCUUCAACUACUCAAAUCUACCUCUGCAUUUCCUUCCCUUAAAACCACUAAGCGUCUCCACGCGAUCGCCAUCACCCUUGGCCCUUACGCCUCCCAACCCAUCUUUUUAUACAACAACAUCAUCUCUCAGUAUGCAUCCCUAGGCCAUUUAUCAGUGGCACGCAAAGUGUUUGACAGUAUGACUAGUAGAAACGUGGUAUCUUUUAGUUCCAUCAUCACUGCCUAUAGCAAAUCUGGGGACCUUUGCACUGCUUUGGAAUUGUUUUCUUUGAUGAGGGGUUCUGGGUUUUGGCCUAGCCCCUUUGCGUUGGCCGGACUGUUGUCGUCUCAGUCGUUGGAUCUUUCUGGUGGGGUUCAGUUGCAAGCAUUGGUUGUCAAGAAUGGGUUGUUCUAUGCAGAUCACUUUGUCGGCACUGCUUUGUUAGGUCUGUAUGGAAGGUAUGGGUUCGUAUCUGAGGCAGUUGAUGCAUUUGAACACAUGUCUAGGAAGAGUUUGGUAACAUGGAACUCGAUCAUUUCUUUGUGUGCGCAUCAUGGGUUGGUCGAAGAUAGUAUGCUUUUAUUUCGUGAGCUUCUAAGGGUGGAGGCAUCUUUAUCUGACUGUUCAUUUGUGGGUGUUUUGUCUGGGUUGAAAGAUUUUGAAAGACCACUCGCCUUAGUGCCCUCUAAUAUUGCUGCAGGAAUUUAUAACAGAGUAGGCCAGCACCAUGAAACAAUAAAGCUGCUUUCUGUUCUUGAAGAACCUGACAUUGUAUCUUGGAAUAUCGUGAUUGCAGCUUGUGCACGUAAUGGUCAUUAUAAAGACGUUUUUGAACUUUUUAGACACAUGCAAAUGACUCAAAUAUAUCCAGACAAUUACACAUUUGUUAGCCUUUUAACUGUUUGCAGUAAACUUUGUGACCUGGCUUUGGGAAGUUCCGUUCAUGGUCUCAUCAUAAAGACUGAUUUCAGUCUCUGUGACACAUUUGUUUGCAAUGUACUUAUAGACAUGUAUGGAAAAUGUGGAUGCCUAAAAAGUUCAGUGAAAAUCUUCAAUGGAAUGGCAAACAGAAACCUCAUCACCUGGACAUGUUUGAUUUCUGCCCUUGGAGUCAACGGUUAUUAUCAUGAAGCUUUGGAUAGGUUCCAAGAGAUGGAGUUUCUAGGAUUUAGGCCCGAUGUGGUCACUUUAAUUUCAAUCUUAACUGUUUGCAGACAUGCUGGAUUAGUGAAAGAAGGUAUGGAAUUGUUCAGGAGAAUUAAAAGUGACUAUGGGUUUGAACCAAAAAUGGAUCAUUAUUAUUGUGUGGUAGACUUGCUGGCUAGACAUGGAAAACUCAAGGAAGCAGAACAGAUUAUUGCCAGCAUGCCUUUCCCACCUGAUGCCCUUACAUGGCGUAGCUUCCUUGAGGGAUGCAAGAGACAUAGAUCUGUAGAAGAUCUAUCAACUGGACAUGGAGUUGUAAAACUGGCCUAAAAUUAUUUUAUUUUUCUAGUGACUCGGGGCUAUCUCUGCUGCAUAGUUCCUAGUGUAUCUUUUCUGGAGUCGAGAAUGGUAGCUUCCUGAAACCAGAUAUGCAUGAUAGGCUUUCUGGACAUGAAAUUCUCCUUUUGCGAUGAAGGCAAUCACAUAGGCUUUCCAAACAAGAAAGAUGAACGAGAAUGUCCAAAAAAAUCUUCCCUAUAAACUUUAGCAUGGAAUCUCACUUGAUCUUGUGCAUACCCCUCCUAUUCAAUCUCCAGUGUAUGUCCAUGCCACAGCCUCUCUUCUGAUUCCGUCGUUUUCAUGAUGCAAGAGACGCACAUUUCUUUUAAGUGCUAGAUUCAAUUAAUCUUUAUGCUACUAAUAUCAUUUUGUAAGUAAAACAAAGUAAAGUAUA